AUGUUAUUUUUACUUUGUAGCUGGUACCAUCUGCCCUCCACGUCGGCGCACAUCUAUAUAGGAACGACCAGCAGCGGCGGUGCCGCGGGCAGCACUCCCUAUCCCCCGUAUCCGUACCGCAGCGUGGGCGGCUAUUCCGGCGGCGGUUAUCCGGCGGCGGCGCUGAUCAACUUCGAUGCCUCGCCCACGCCGCUGUUAGCGUCAGCGGGAAGCUCGCCGGGCUAUCUGCCACCGUUGGCCAUUCCGGCCGCUCUACCGCCACCACCGCCGGCGCCGAGUGUAGCCACCGACUAUUAUUUCAGCAGUCGCAGCACCCGGACUGUUCCGCCCCCCAUACCGCCCACUCCGGCGGCCGUUGCAGCAGCGGCAUCGACAGCAGCGGUCUCCACCUCGCCGUUCCGGGAGUACGGCGGAAGUGCGGCGGAGGAGCUGCAAGCUGGCGGCUAUCGCUACAAGGCCACGCCCCGCAGGCGGUACGACGCCUACGACAACUACGGCUAUCUGCCGGGCUUCGCCAGCACCACUGAGGACGAGGAGGACCUGCUCGAGGAGUGCCUGCCGCAGGCCCUGCUCUCCACGGACUGCUCGAGUCUCGAGGAACUGCGCUUCUUCCACCUGCAGGAGAAGGAGGACGAGGACGAGGAGGACGACGAGGAGGUGGCCACGCAGCUGGCGCACAUCCUUGACCUGCCGGACUUUCUGCACCCCUACGGCAGCAGCGGCCGGGACAGCCUGCACAGCCACAAGACGCCGCCGCAACACGACGGGUAG